AUGAACUUCAAACAAUUUCUUGAUGGUUAUUCAUUACCUUUAAUUUUGGAUGGUGGUAUGGCCACGCAAUUAGAAAAGAUUUAUAAUAAAGAUUUAUAUAAAACAAAUUUAUGGACAUCAAUAUAUUUAUAUCAAGAUCCAGAUUCUAUCAAAAAGUCACAUUUAGAUUAUUUAAAAGCUGGUGCUGAUAUUAUUAGCACUUGUAGUUAUCAGGCUUUUUUAGACGGAUUCAUAAAACAAGGUUUCACAGAACAACAAUCAGUUGGUAUAAUCCAAAAAUCAGUAGAUAUAGCAGUCAAUGCAAGAGACAUAUUUUGGAAAGAAUAUCAAAAUCAAAUAAUAAGUAAUAGCAAAAAUCCUCAUACAUAUAACAAGAACAAAAGUAGAAUCAAACCUUUAAUAGCAUUAUCAAUGGGACCAUAUGGUGCAAUAUUGUGUGAUGGGUCAGAAUAUAAAGGAGAUUAUGUGGAUCAAACAGCAACUAGAGAACAAAUAGAAUCAUUCCAUAAGAAUCAAUUAAAUUUAUUUAAAGACAAAUUUAAUAAAAUAGAUUUGAUUGCUUUUGAAACUAUUCCAUCAUUGGUGGAAGCAAAAAUUAUAUGUGAAGUUAUUAUGAAAGAACAUAUUGAUAUGAUGUGUUGGAUAAGUUUUUCUUGUAGAAAUGAAGAGCAAAUUUGUCACGGAGAAAGCUUUUUAGAAAGUUUUAUAGAAAUUUGUAAAUAUGAUUUUGUGAUUGGAGUUGGAGUCAAUUGUACCAACCCAAAAUUUAUAAAUUCACUUAUUGAUAACUUAAGAAACAAAGCAAAAAAAAUUUCAUUAGAAUAUGAAAAAAAAUGGAUAGUGUGUUAUCCAGAUGGAGGAAACAGUUGGGAUGAGGGAAAGCAUAAAUGGAGCGAAAACACUGGUUUGAAAAUAAAGGAAUUUGUUGAUUUAGCAAAAAGUUGGAUUGAAAAAUGUGAAAACAGAAUCAUUCUUGGUGGAUGUUGUAACACUACUCCCGAACAUAUAUCAA